AUGGGGGAUUUACCAUCAAACCCUAAUUCCAACAAUGACGAAAUCCAUCUGAAUCUCCCAAAAGUUCGUUUCAUGGACGCGAUGGAUAUUGUCCAGUGGGAAGGCUUCUGGUUCGAACCCGGCCUCCUUCAACCUGCAAUGACCUUCAGGUCAAGCUUUCAAGCAGAGGACGACGACGUCAUCUUAACGUCAAACAUGAAAACAGGAACAACAUGGCUGAAAUCCCUCUGCCUCUGCAUCCUCAAAAACCCAAAACCUGACGAGGAUUAUGACCUUCUAGUUAAGGAUAAUCCUCAUUUCCAUGUCCCAACAAUUGAAAGCACAAUUUAUCGCACAAAACCCCUUAUAGAUCUUUACAAAGCUCCAUCUCCUAGGCUUUUCCACAGCCACUUACCCUACAUUGUCCUCCCAGAUUCUGUCAAGAACACAGAUUGUAAAAUAGUUUACAUUGCCCGGAACCCUAAGGACACUUUAAUCUCGAUGUGGCACUAUUUCAACUCCAUUUUACACUCUGAUCAAAACCCUUUCCCCUUAGACAAAACAGUCGAUUGUUUCUUAUCUGGAGUUCAUCAAUAUGGGCCGUUUUUCGACCACGUUUUACAGUACUGGUUGGAAAGCCAGAAGAGUCCGCAGAAAAUCCUGUUCUUGAAAUAUGAAGAACUGAAAAGUGAUCCCAAGAGAGAGGUUAAGAAGCUUGCUGAAUUUCUGGGUAAGCCUUUUGCAAGUGAAGAGGAAAUUGAUAAGGUUUUGUGGAGGUGCAGCUUGGAAAGACUCAAAAAUUUGGAGGUGAACAAGAAUGGAUCUAUUUUGUACAAUGUGCAUAACAGUUUAUUCUUCAGGAAAGGUGCUGUGGGGGACUGGAAGAAUUAUUUGAUGCCUGAAAUGGAAGAGAAAGUCAAUCAAACAAACCGCAUCAAGCUUGAGGAGCAUGGCUUGUUUCUUUAA